UAUGGGAGGUCUUUAACAGGUUGCAACAGUAUAUAAAAGUGUAAAGCAUAUCUCACUAUUCGGCAAAGUAAUAAACCUGAAAUGGCGAGAAUCAAUCAUCAGUUGGUAUUGGGCCUGGCAGUACUUAUGGUCACACAGUCCUAUUGUCUCUAUGCCACCGAUGCCUAUGUGUACAUGACAAAUCACCCCAGGUCUGUGGACCACUAUGUCUUUGUGCACAACGAGAUUGGUCCCGAGGCGAAGUCUACCAAUUAUGAAACCAGAUACAACGGAGAAAUCUGUUACAACCUAACAAACUAUGUCUUGGAAGAUAUGGGAACUUUGGGCAACCAGCAGUGGUUGGAAGUGACAUUUGGGGAGGAUUGCGUCUCAGGUAGGGUUAUCGUUGAGCACGUAGUGACGGCGGAGGAGCCUUUCAGCGUAUGUAAUAUUUACUGGUACAACAGGUACAUGUACUCUGGUGAUCCCGAGAGCCCGCCCACGUGUACCCCCGUCAUGUACCGCUAUCACGUGAUCUUUACCCUGUCAAAGGAUCCCAAGGAGAAUGUUAAGCAGAUGGUCGAAAAAUAUGUUGAGGACAACAACAUUGGAGGACUUUACAGAUAUGAUCCUUCUGAAUGUUAUAUCUAGUCUGAAAUGAGAAUGGGAUUACAGAAGAAAAUCAACUCUAGAUGCAUAGAAAAAUAAGAAAUAAGAAUUCCGCUUUUUUUCGCUUUCGAUUCUGAAUUGAUUUAACAUUGCGAAGCCACUUUAUUUUUUGGCUCUUCUAUUUGGGUUUUCUAUCGGUUAAUCAUAAGGAUGAUAAAUGUAUAUUUGCAUAUGUGUCAAUUAAUA